AUGGUUAUCAACACCGGCAACGAAAAUAAAAAAUUAAACAUCAGGAACAACAACAACAACAACAACAGGAACAGAAACAGGAACAACAGCAACAACAACAUCAAAAAUAACAGCAGCAAUAAAAACAACAACAACAACAGGAACAGGAACAACAGCAACAACAACAUCAAAAAUGAUAGCAGCAACAACAACAACAACAACAACAACAACAACAACAACAACAACAACAACAACAACAACAGGAACAGGAACAACAGGAACAGGAACAACAGGAACAGGAACAAUAGGAACAACAGGAACAGGAACAAUAGGAGCCUGAAAAACAAGAACAACACCGACGAAAACAAGAACAACAACACCGACGAAAACAACAACAACAACAACAGGACCAACAGAAACAACAACAGGACCAACAGGAACAACAACAAUAGGAGCCUGAAAAACGACAACAACAACAACAAUAAGAACAACAACAAAGACAACAACAACAACAACAACAACAACAACAACAACAGGAACAUUAACAACAUCAAAAAUGACAGCAGCAGCAACAACAACAACAAGAACAACAAAAACAACAACAGGAACAACAGCAACAACAAGAACAAAAAUGACUGCAGCAGCAGCAACAACAACAACAACAACAACAACAACAACAACAACAACAGGAACAAAAACAGGAACAACAGGAACAGGAACAAUAGGAGCCUGAAAAACAAGAACAACACCGACGAAAACAAGAACAACAACACUGACGAAAACUACAACAACAACAACAACAAGAACAACAGGAACAACAACAAUAGAAGCCUGAAAAAUGACAACAACAACAACAAUAAGAACAACAACAAAGACAACAACAACAACAGGAACAGGAACAACAGCAACAACAACAUCAAAAAUGACAGCAGCAACAACAACAACAACAACAACAACAACAACAACAACAACAAAAACAACAACAACGAAAACAACAGCAGCAACAACAACAACAACAACAACAACAACAACGAAAACAACAGCAACAACAACAACAUCAGCAGCAACAACAACAACAAGAACAACAAAAACAACAACAGGAACAACAGCAACAACAACAACAAGAAUAAUGAAAGUAUUAAUAAAAAAUAA